AUGUCACCAUCCAGAGCUGAUGAUGGUAAUAAUGAAGAAGUUCCACCAACUUACGAAGAAGCGGUAAAAUCAUCUUCACCAUUGCCUUCGGGAUCAAAUACUAGACCAACCAAUAAUCAAUCUUCACAUUCAUUCAAUAGACCCCAUUUACAACCCCCUCAUCAAUCAAAUUCAUAUAAUAAUUAUAUUCCAAAUACUUCAACUUCAUCACCAAAUAUAAAUCAAAGUCCUCAAUUACCAUUUCAAUAUCCUAAACAUUAUCAUUGUAAUAAAUGUAAUAAUACCGGAUUUAAAAAGAAAAAUGGAUUAAGUUGUAAAGAUUGCUGGGAUAAAUUAGCACCAAGAAAUAGUUCAAAAUCAAUAAAAACUCAUUAUGAUCCUCAAUUUUUUGGUUCUACAACAUUUGCAUAUAAUCCUCCACAACAAAUUUAUCAUAAUCAUCAUCAACAACCAAUACCACAAGGUCCACCAAUUAGAGUACCACCUGGUGAUCCAAGAUUAGGAGGUGUAAUAUGUGGUAGAUGUAGAGGAUCAGGUAUGGUUAGAUUUUUAUUGGAUAUGGAAUUAUGCCAUGUUUGUAAUGGUCUAGGUAGAGUUAUAAGUGUUCGACAACAACCACAUCCUCAACCUCAAUAUAAUCAACCUCAUCCUCAACCACAUUAUACUAGUUAUUAUGGCGAUACUAUUAAAUCCUUCGAAAAGGAUAAAUGGAUUGAAGCUAUGGAUGCUGAAAUGGCUGCUCAUGAAUCUAAUGGAACCUGGUUGCUAGUGGAUCCACCUCAUAAUAAAACACCAAUUGGUUGCAGAUGGGUAUUCACCAAGAAAGAUGAUGGAAGAUAUAAGGCUAGGUUAGUGGCUCAGGGUUUUAAACAAAUUGAAGGAAUUGAUUACAAUGAAACUUUUUCACCAGUAAUUAGAUCGGAAUCAAUAAAAUUGCUGUUUGCCCUAGCUUCAAUAACUGGUAAGUUAGUUCAUCAAAAUGAUGUGACCAAUGUAUUCCUAAAUGGAACUAUAAGUGAAGAAAUUUUUAUGGUACCUGCACCUGGUUAUGAAAUUGAAGGUAAAGUUUAUAAAUUGAUAAAAAUUUUAAUUGAUGAUGGUUUUGAUCGUUUAAUUGGUGAAUUGGGUCUUUAUGUCAAAGGUAGUGUUUACUUAGGUCUUUAUGUUGAUGACAUACUUAUAGCCGGGAAGAAUGAAAAUGAAAGUGAUAAAGUGAAGCAGAUACUUAAAUCAAAUUUUGCAAUGAAAGAUUUAGGUUCUCCACAUAAGUUUUUAGGUAUGAAUGUGAAACAAUCAACUGAUGGAAUUUCUAUCACACUUUCAGAUUAUAUUGAUAAAGUCUUGGAAGAUUGUGGUAUGAUGAAUUCUAGAAUUGUUGCCACACCUAUAAUGAGUGGAGUUGAUUUGGAAAGCUUAAGUGAAAAUCCAGACUAUUGUGACACAAGAGAAUACAGAAGCAUCGUUGGAAAAUUAUUGUUUGCUUCUAAUGUAGGUCGUUUGGAUAUAUCUUUCAUAGUCAAUUUGCUUACUCGACAUUUUCAUAAGCCAGAAGUAAAACACUUAAAAGCAGCUAAGCAUGUGUUGAGAUAUUUGAAAGGUACUAAAACUUGUAAACUUCAUUAUGAUAAAUCAUGUGAAUUUGAAAUAUAUUGUGAUGCUGACUGGGGUUCAACUUCAAGGGACAGAAAGUCUAUAACAGGUUUCUUGGUAAAAAUGGGUGGAGCAGCAAUUAGUUGGAAAAGUAAGAAACAAGUGACUGUUGCAUGA